CCCCCUCGCCUGGCGGGCGCCUUGCACCCCGUCCACCACGAAACGGCCGCCCUCCAGCACCACCACCACCUCCUCCGGCCACGCAACUUCCCCGCCCUGCCCCUAUAAAUCCACCCAACCCUACCGCGGCUACAGUUCCACGCACGCGUGCGCGGGCGGGCGGGCAAGCGCUACAAAGGAAAGCCGAGGCGGCGCGGCGAGCGAGCGGCCCACCACCGCCGACCGCCUCCUUCGCUUUGCCAUUUUUGCUUAAUUGGCCGGGGAGCGGCGGAGGAAUCGAUCGUCGUCGGCCAGGAUGGUGCGGGGGAAGACGGAGAUGAAGCGGAUAGAGAACGCGACGAGCCGGCAGGUGACCUUCUCCAAGCGCCGCAACGGGCUGCUCAAGAAGGCGUUCGAGCUCUCCGUGCUCUGCGACGCCGAGGUCGGCCUCAUCGUCUUCUCCCCGCGCGGCAAGCUCCACGAGUUCGCCAGCGCCGCCAGCCUCCAGAAAACAAUCGACCGCUAUAAGUCAUAUACAAGGGAAAAUCUCAGUAGCAAGGCUAUACAACAACAGAAUAUACAGCACGUCAAAGCAGAUGCCUUAAGCUUGGCAAAUAGACUUGAAGCCCUUGAAAAGUCCAAGAGGAAGUUUUUGGGUGAAAAUUUAGAAGAUUGCUCUGUUGAAGAACUGCAUGGUUUGGAGGUUAAACUGGAGAAGAGUCUCCACGUCAUCAGAGGAAAGAAGACCCAGCUGCUGGAGCAGCAGAUAGCCAAGCUGAAGGAGAAGGAGAGGACCCUGCUCAAAGACAACAAAGAAUUACGCGAAAAGCAACGCGACGUCCAGCCGCCGCUGGUGGCUCCCGCCGUGACCCGCUGCCUCCCCCCGUGGUCGCGCAAUCUGCCGGUGCCUUGCAACGACGACGUGGACGUCGAGACGGAGCUGUACAUUGGGUUACCCGGCAGGGAGCGCUCUGCCAACCGGGAUUCGGGGUGAAGUACAUCCGAUGCCGCAGCUGCCGGCGACGCCUGGUGGGUUCUCUUGAGCCCAUGCCCAUAGGAAUAAGCAAGCUCUCUGCAAGCACCAACGAGCCCCAGUCAGAUCGAUCAGCUCAGAGUUUUUUUUUAUUUGCGACUAUAUACAAGUUGUCUAAUUAAAAAAAAAAUCAAGCUGUAUGUGUAUUGCAAAGAUGGAUGGAUGGAUGGAACAACCCUGUAAGCCUUCCUGAUACCUGAAAAUCCAUGCAGCAUAUACCCAGAUUGUGGUCUCUUCAUCUGAA